AUGUUCCUCCUAGCCUCCUCGUUGCUCAACUUGAGCCUCCAGGGAAUCACCAAUCUCACCUCGGCCUUUCCGGAGCCAGUGUACACCAAGGACUAUUUCCAUCUACUCGCCGUCCACCUCGACGAGCCCGACCCGGGAGCCGGGUCCGCGGUCACUAUUACGGCGUUCACCGUGGCCGCUGCCGUGAAUCUUGCCAUGGCCCCUGCUGCAACUUCGGCUGCCAAAUCGGCCACUACCGCAAGCACGAUUGCAGACCAAAUCUGUGAAUCCGCUACUGCCGCCGGAGAUUCUAGCUCAACCAUUGUGACGACUUUCAUUACAAUACUGGUGCUGGGAAAGUAG